CGCCGGAGCGAGCUGGAGCGACGGGUCCCUUGGAGACACCUCUCUCCAUGGCAACCUAAUCGCUUCCUGUGAAGAUCCCGAAAUAACCGACGAGACGGGGGAGCGGAGCGGAGCGGAGCCGAGCGGAGCGGAGCGGGCAGCGGCGGCGGGGAGGCGGCGGGCGGCGGGGGGCAGCCAGGGCUCAGCCUCAUCAAACCUUCCUUCUCCUCCUCCUCUCCUUCCUUCGUCCUGGCCAUGAGAGGCACCGGCAGCAGCAGCUGUGCUCCCUCAGGCUCCUGCUCCGCCGCCCCGGCUGCGCCCCACUUGUCUCCCCGCAAGUGAAGAAGAUGAGACAGGAUCCUCGCUAAGCAAAGAUACUGUUGCAUCUGAGAUGGAGCACAGUGCCUGCAGGAUGCCUCCACUCCUCUCCUGCAUCCACUCCCUGCAGCUUUGGCAUCUCCUCCUCCUGGUUUCAUCUGUCCCUCCUCCUGGCGUCUGGUCUCUUCGCCUUCGGGGUCCAGCGGCCCCUCGGCCUCUUUGUUCCCGUCGGAGCCCCUCAGCCCCACGACCCAUUUGCAUCUGGGACAGGACCUCGCUGCCAGAGAGGGAUUCUCGCUUUGCCCUGCCGCGCCAGCGCUCCCUGCCUGCCCGGGGAGGAGAGCUGCGUCAUGUUGUGCGGCUGAGGCGCCAGGCGGCAGGAGCUCGCCCCGCCACCCCCUCCGGAUUUGAGGACGGCAUGCCCUCCUCCCAGUACCCUUGGGCCAUUGUCUGGGGCCCCACAGUGUCGGAUGAGGAUGGAGGGGACACCAACUCAGCCAACCCAGGCUUUCCACCGCUGGGAUACACCUUUGUCUCGCCACACGGGAUGGCGACAGCGCAGCCCAACUCCCACUCGCUCCUGCACAAUGCAGGGCUCAACCUGCGUGAGACACCAGCCACCCUGCGGCCCUUCUUAUUUGGGCCCCGGGGAGAAGGUGUGGACCCCCAGCUAUAUGUCACCAUCACUAUCUCCAUCAUUAUUGUCCUGGUUGCCACUGGGAUCAUAUUCAAGUUCUGCUGGGACCGAAAUCAGAAGCGCCGGCGUCACUCGGGGCAGCAGAGUGGUGGGAGGCAGCAGGAGAGCCAGCAGCACCUCACAGACCUCUCCCCCGCCACUGUCAGCAUCCUGGGACCCUACAGUGACUCCCUGGCCCCCACACCCGAGGCAGAGGAGUCCAGGCAGGGCCAGGAGGGUGUGGAUAAACUGGGUGGCCAUGGGAAGGGCACGGCAUUCCAGCUCAACCGAAUCCCACUGGUGAACCUGUGAUGCUCACUGGGAGAAGCAGAGCUGGCUCCCCCCACCCUCCUGUCACAGCUGGCAAGUGCAGACUCCUGCCACCUCUGCUACCCCAGGAAAAAAACAACCUCCUUGUGCCACGGCCCGCCACCACCAUUAAUAACCAACUCCACCAGGACAUGCCUGGGCAAACGGACAAGCUGGGCCUCCUUAGCCUCCUGCUGGGGGAAGUUUGGGGACCAUCCCUGGCCCAUGCAGGACGGAGUGAUGAGAGAGCAGGAUGGUGGGAAGGAAGACAGCUGGUGGUGGUGGGAAAUCUUGAUGUCCCCAGCCCCUCUCCUAGCACACACGCAGAGACACACACACAGUCGGAUCUCCGUGACUCUCUCACUAGUGCAUGCCUGACAUUGGGGGUAGGCAAGGUGAAGAGGCAUACCCCUGUCCCCAUGGGCCUAACCCCUCUGUGUGUCCCUUCCCAUGUCGUGUGCUUUGAAGUGAACAUCUGGAGUUCAGUUGCUGCAGGAUUGCACGCCAGGGCUCGGUCUUCCCUGAGCCGGGACUCAGAUGGCGGCAGGUUCUUCUAUUCCAGAGGCCUUGGCCUCCCAGAGGUUCCAAGAGUGGGUGAAGAUUGGGAAGAAGAGGCUUAAACAACACCUGGGCCCCCUCAGCAACCCAUUUCCUUGAAGGAAACAUUACAUCCCCCCCUAAAUGGAGGAUAUUCACAUUUUUCCACUUUGUUUCUGCCUAGAACUACUCUGUUUUUUCUAUUCAGCUUGUGUCUUUCUUCAUCUCUCUGUCCCCAUUUUUUUCCUCUCAGUUCCUCCCUGCCACCACUUUUCUUGCCAGUUAAAGCUGGAAAAGGUUCCUUUAGCUUUCCAAAUAUUUUUAUCUCUUGGAAGCCUCUUUGCUGUCACCCUCAACCCCCUCAGUCUCCUUCAGUAAGAUUUUUCUGAAUAACAUCAGUCUGUGGUGUUGUUCUUCGGAAAAUCUGAGGCAAAACCCUCUGCCCAUCAUGUUAUUUAGCAAGUGUCCUGUACACUGGGGUACAGCUGAAGCAGCUGAAACAUGUCAUGCAGAUAUAGCCGGGCAUGAGGAGCUUAAGUUUUGCCAGGCUGAGACAGAGAAUUGCUUUCAGAAACUCAUGCCACAGGCAACAAGCAGCAGAUGUGAUUCUCUGUGCCUGGGAUGACAAAGAGCAAUCUAGAGUUUACCUUGGGAACAUUUGGAGGGUUGUAAUUUACUGCUGGUAGGUCUCUCUUAGGUUCCAUGGACACCUUCAAAGUAGUUCACAGACACCACAUUGAUAGCAACUGAGCUGAAAUGAUGCAGAUUUAGGUGAGGUUGCUUGUAUACUGUACAAACACCUUCAGCUGCUGGACUGAUGUGUCCAGAGACAGGAAACACACCCACAAUUAGAAGCCCCUAAAGCACCAUACCAGGUCUCUGAUAAAAGUCAUCUUGGAGAAAAGGAAAUGUCCCUCUCAUCCUUUAUCUCUGUAGUAAAAGCCUAUUCUUUAUAGGACAAAGCACAGUGAGUUGCAUAAGAGGCCUGGUUCUGCCCAUUUACCCAGCUGAACUAUUAGGUGAUCUCAGGUCCCAUCUGGCUCACCGUGAAGGACAUUUAAAUGCAAGUGUAAAUUGCAAUAAGCUUCACAAAAAACAGUAGAGAUUUGGAGAAAAUGACAGGUCAAAUAAAAUUACUGACUUAUUAAAAGCACAGAAAGGUUGAAAGAUGUAGGUGGAAAAGGACUCUGGAGGUCUCUAGUCUAAGCACAGGCUGAGUCUCCACUUAUAGCAGGAGUUAUUAUGGCUUUACCACAGAUCGAUCUAUUACCGAGCCUUUUCCUUAUUCAGGCUCUGUUCAAGGCCUUGGUGGACACUGAAGCUGUGGCUGGAUGGGACAGAGAAGGGGGCAGAUGGCUGUUCCUGCCUGCUGCCCUGCUCACCACUGUCCCCUGAGGGCAUGUGGCACUGUUCCCCCUCUGGCUUCCACAUCAGCCAUGGUGAGGGAAGGACAUCCGUGCCCAGGCUGCAAGGGGCUGCACUGCUCAUUGCUGACGGUUUAUAAUAUAAUGCCUUGAACUGGUUUAAGUAAUCUUCCAGACCAGAUUAAUUAGAUUGCUCUUUGAUCGAUAGUGCUUGUUGAAACAAGGCCAGAGUUUGGACUCUACCACUUCCAAGGGCUGUCCUUGGACUUUCCCUUUGCACAGUCUGCGUGGAGAUAUCUGUAAGCAAGCGGCAGGGCACUGCAGGACCCGUGCUGAAAACGUGUUCCAACACUUGAUGCGGGGAAGCCCUGUGCUCUGCUGGCCAGGUUUUUGUAAGCUCUGCAAACAAAUCAGAUUUUGGUGGUUUUGUUUGUUUGUUUGUUUUUUCCUCCCUUUAACAUGUUUCUGUUUCUGUUAAAAGUAUCUCCAGGGAGUGAAACCUUCCGUGGAUGCUGUGGUAAGGGGGAAGCUGAGGAAUGCAGUAGGGAAAACUCGUACAAAGACAGAAGUUUAGAUAUGCUGAAUAUCUUUUCCGAGACCAAUUUUUCUAGUCAAAUACGUUUUUAUGACAGUCAUUCACUCUUUCACACAAAACAGGUUAGAUAUAGGAAACAACUUCGUUGGCCCGCCCAAACUUUCAUUGCUACAUUUUGUCCCUGGAAAAAAACAUUCAAAACGUGUGGACAUACAAGGUUCUUCCAGUCAAUAAAUAAUCUCACUGGACCUGUUUUCCCCAUGGCUAGAGCCUUAUAAACCAUCUUCCCCUAUGCAGGCUGGAGCCGGAGCAUGCCUGCAGUUUCUCCCCUGGCCCAAGCUGAUAUUCAGUGGGAUGCUCAUAUGGACAGAUUGACAGCAAGCCAGGGCAGAGGCCAAUCCCUUCUCAGGCACAGCAUAUCAGGUUUCCCUGUCUUCUGGCUGGCUGGAGGAGAAAGAUCUGAAUUAAUUUUAUUUUAGGUGGAAAUUUUACAGAGAGAAAUGUGUAAGGGGAAACUGACCUAAAAUGUUUGUAGCCUUGGGCUGAGCCUGCCCAACAUGUCUGUGCAAUUAAAAAGGAACGUCCAGGUGGGUUGGGUGAGUUGAAGGAAUCGCGUCUCUGCUGACCUCCUGGAGGGACCUGGCUUUGUUAACACAAGGGUGAUCUCCUUGUGAGCACAGUGGGGAGGAGGGAAGGUCUGGGGAAGAAUCCUUCCUCUCUGCCCUGUAUUGUUUUGGAGCAGGAACUCGAACUCCCUCUGUUAACCCAGCAAAGUAGCAUGACCAUAAGCCCAAAUCCUGCUUGGGCUUUCCCAUCUGGUCAGUUGCAACUCCUAUGUAGGGGAGCAGACCUCCAGUGUGUGCUUCCACACCAUUCCUCCGGUCCAGUUUCCAGGGACUCACAUCCAGCCAAGCAUCCCACAGCUUCAGAGAGGGCUAUCUACCUCUUCCUCAAUGGCACCUAAGUGCCCUUGCAAAUCUGGUCCCUUUCCCGUUAAAGAAAAAUGCUUGGAAAGGAGCAGUUUGUUCAUUCCCCGCAAGUUCUCAACUACGAUCACCUUCUGACUGUUCUGAAUUAAACUGUGGGUUUGUUUUUUUCACUCUGACAAACCAUGUCUAUGACACAGCUUUAGAGCCAAGUCCUGCAGCACAAAAGCCUUGGGCCAAACUCUAGGUCCCUGCUGGCCCCCCUGCUGACAUCUCACUGUAGUCCUGGCCCUGCCUUGGCAAGACCUUAGAGGAGGCCCCAUCCUUUGCCAACUGCUGGCUCUCUACUCCUUUUUUUCCCGUUUUUCCUCUCCCACUGUUUUCCCACUUCCCACUCCUGUCCUGUACCAUGGUCUCCCUCCUGAUUAUCUCUUCCCUCCUGCUGUUUCACUUUCCCCGCUUGUCUCUUGUUCUCCCUUUGCCAUUCAGUCUCGUUCUGCCGUGGCUCCCAUCCUCCCCUCCGUAUUCCCUCUUGCUUCCACACUGAGUCUCGCUCUUCCCCAUCCCCUGCCCUUGUGCGCUGUGAUAUAUAUUUUUGUAGGAUUUCUCUUCUCCUCGUGGUGAAAUAUUCAAUUCUUGUGGGAUGUUAGUUUCAACAUUUUUAAAUAAACCUUUGCAAAAUACUGAAA